CAUUCCUUCGCACAUCCCUCGCAGAGGAGCAACAGCCUCGCGGAGUUGGACGCAGCGGACUUCCCAGGACUCCUCUGCGGGCGGACACGUUUUCCCCCUGGUGUGUUCCCAUCCUCACAUCACCUAGUUAGGGAGAGGGGUGAGACCAACAGCAGCAGCUCGGAGAUGCGCCCCUGGACCGAAGCUCGGUGUCGGUAAAGUCACACAAAGAGAAUGAGACUGAGGAGGAGCGCAGUGUAGCUCCGGAGGAGGAAUAAAGAGGACCGGAGAGAAGGGCGCAGCGCCCAGCACUCAGGAUCGGGGCUCUUUGAGCUCCUCAUCGCAAGCUGAGGACAUGAGAACUGGGAGAAGAGGAACAAAAAGCUCGGCUGCGGCACUCGGUGUCUGAGUCUCCGUCCAUCCAAAGGGCUCCAGUCUGCGCACCUUUAUUCAUGUUGCAAACGCCUGGUUUAUGACAAUGGAUUACUUGCUGUGGGUGUGCAGCCUCGUUGUCCCCGCGGUUCUGGCUGUAGAAGAAACCCUCAUGGACAGUCGGUGGGCUACCACAGAGCUGGCAUGGAGCACAUUUCCAGAAAGUGGGUGGGAGGAGGUCAGUGGCUAUGAUGACUCUAUGAGCCCAAUCAGAACCUACCAGGUGUGUAACGUCCGGCAACCCAACCAGAAUAACUGGCUGAGGACGGACUUCAUCCCCCGCAGGGGUGUGCUUCGCGUCUACGUGGAGCUCAAGUUCUCUGUCCGUGAUUGUGCGAGCAUCCCCAACAUCCCUGGCUCCUGCAAGGAGACCUUUAACCUGUUUUACUACGAGUCCGAGGGGGACACAGCUACAGACACCAGCCCUCUGUGGAGGGAGAACCCCUAUGUGAAGGUGGAUACUAUUGCUCCGGACGAGAGUUUUUCUCUGCUGGAGGCAGGCAGGAUCAACACCAAAGUACGCAGCUUUGGCCCCCUCUCCAAGUCGGGCUUCUACUUGGCCUUCCAGGACCUGGGAGCCUGCAUGUCUCUCAUCUCGGUCAGGGUUUUCUUCAAGAAGUGCUCCACCACCAUUGCCAACUUCGCUGUCUUCCCUGAGACCGCCACUGGGGCGGAGGCCACCUCCUUGGUGAUCGCUCCAGGGGCCUGCGUGACCAACGCCAUGGAGGUAUCUGUCCCUCUGAAACUGUACUGCAAUGGGGAUGGCGAGUGGAUGGUACCCGUGGGCUCGUGCACCUGCAUCGCUGGCUAUGAACCCUCUGCGGACAGCACACAGUGCCAGGCUUGCAUCCCUGGGACCUUCAAAUCCAAAUUCGGAGAGGGAUCAUGUGCUCCCUGUCUGCCCAACAGUCGCACCAGUGCACGAGGAGCCAAUAUUUGUCCCUGCCAGAAUGGUUUCUACCGUGCUGACAGUGACCCUCCAGACUCCCCCUGCACCACGAUCCCCUCAGCGCCUCGCAAUGUUAUAUCCAGCGUGAAUGAGACCUCACUGUCCUUGGAGUGGGAGGAGCCCGAGGACACGGGUGGGCGGAGCGACCUCGUCUACAACGUGGUGUGUAAGAAGUGCCUGCGCGACCGCAGCCCGUGCACACGCUGCGAUGAUAACGUGGACAUCGCCCCACGUAGGCUUGGGCUGAGGCAGAGGAAGGUGGUGGUGAGGAACCUCCAGGCUCACACCCGCUACAGCUUUGAGGUCCAGGCUGUCAAUGGGGUCUCUGGGAAAAACCCCACCUCUCCCAGUUACUCCACAGUCAACAUCACCACCAACCAGGCUGCACCGUCAGCUGUGCCCACGGUUCAUCUGAUGCGCUCCACCUCUGACACUCUCAGCCUGUCAUGGCUGCCUCCUGAGAAACCUAAUGGGGUCAUCCUCGACUAUGAGAUUAAAUACCAGGAGAGGGGCCAGGGGAUGUCUCACACCGUAACAUCUCAGCACAGCUCUGCCAAGGUGGAAGGGUUAAGGGCAGCCACGCCUUAUGUGGUGCAGGUCAGAGCUCGUACUGUUGCAGGAUAUGGACGCUACAGCAACCCCAUGGACUUCAGCACCAGCUUACACAGUGACCCUCAGAAAUCAGUGCAGGACCAGCUGCCUCUCAUCAUCGGCUCAGCGUCUGCAGGCCUGGUGGUCAUUGUAGCCUUGGUGGUCAUCUCUGUUGUAUGCCUUAAGAAGCAGCGCAGCGGGUCGGAGCUGGAGUACACUGAGAAACUGCAGCAGUACAUUUCUCCCGGGGUCAAAGUGUACAUCGAUCCCUUUACCUACGAGGACCCCAAUGAUGCCAUCCACGAGUUCGCCAAAGAGAUAGACAUCUCCUGUGUGAAAAUAGAGGAGGUCAUCGGUGCAGGUGAAUUUGGCGAGGUGUGCCGCGGCCGUCUCAAGCAGCCCGGGCGUAGGGAGAUGGUGGUGGCGAUCAAGACGCUGAAGGCGGGCUACACUGAGCGCCAGAGGCGGGACUUCCUCGCAGAAGCCUCCAUCAUGGGUCAGUUUGACCACCCCAACGUAAUCCGGCUGGAGGGGGUCCUGACGCGGAGCUGUCCCGUCCUCAUCAUCACCGAAUUCAUGGAGAACGGAGCGCUGGACUCCUUCCUGAGGCUGAACGACGGGCGCUUCACCAUGACACAGCUGGUUGGGAUGCUGCGCGGCAUCGCUGCGGGGAUGAAGUACCUGUCAGACAUGAACUACGUCCACCGAGACCUCGCCGCCCGUAACAUCCUGGUCAACAGCAACUUGGUCUGCAAGGUCUCCGACUUUGGAUUGUCACGCUUCCUGGAUGACACUUCCGCUGACCCCACCUACACAAGCUCUCUGGGAGGGAAGAUUCCCAUUCGAUGGACGGCACCAGAGGCCAUCGCCUUCAGGAAGUUCACUUCCGCCAGCGACGUGUGGAGUUAUGGCAUCGUCAUGUGGGAGGUGGUGUCCUACGGAGAGAGGCCUUACUGGGAUAUGAGCAACCAGGAUGUGAUGACAGCAGUCGAACAGGACUACCGGCUGCCCCCACCCAUGGACUGCCCCAUGGUGCUGCACCAGCUGAUGCUGGAGUGCUGGAUGAAAGAGCGGAACCUGAGGCCUAAAUUCUCCCGCAUUGUUAGCACCUUGGACAAGCUGCUCCGCAACGCUGCCAGCCUCAAGGUGGUGACCAGCUCCUACUCAGGGGACCUGCUGCGGCUCGGAGGAACGCUGCCGGGACACAACAGGAAGAGCCCGGACAACAGUCAGGAAAUCAUUCGGCAACAGAUGAGCCAAACUCUCCCCAUCAGAGUGUGAACUGCUGCCGGGCGAAGGAUGCAGAAUGAAUUAAAAACUACCUAGAAACUCUGCCGCAGAGAGGCUGAUGUAAAUUAAAAAAGAAGAAGAUAAAAGAUGGAAGCUCUCACCAUGCAGCGAAAAGAGGAGCGCUUUGGAGAUUUCUUUCCCACUGAAGACUUAAUGUCUGUAUAAAGAGAACUUGCCAUUGCAAUGUGUGUAUUCAUUACUUGACACUUGUGGAUUUGUGACUCUUGACAUUAAGCCAAACUUCUUAUUGCUCCCUCUCAGGUUGUGUUUGCAUGCCUGCAUGUGUUUUUUUCUGCUGGUUGGGAAUCAUUUUUCUUUCUCUUCAACCUUCACUCCGAGGAAGGCAAUGAUCCGAUUCAGUGCCAACAUGAUGCAAACAUUUGCUCAGAGCCAACUCCCGAGCAACUUAACCUCUGUAACUUCAAUCCAGUCAAUCUUUUCUUUCUUUUUUGAUGUUUUUUGUUUGUUUUUUUGUUUUUUUUUUAACCCAACCAAAUAUGUUCUUUUAGUCUACUUUUUUGGAGACAAGAAGAUAGAAACAAACAAACAAAAAAAAAAACAACUUUUUACCCGCUUCCGUUUGACUACCGUCUUCCACACGUCCUGGGAGAAAUCCGUGUUACAAAUGUGUACAAAGCAUCCGAGUCUUCACACUGUCCCUCUUGUUGGAGGGGGGAUAAAAACAGCUGACACUGUGCGGGACACGUCAUGUGCAUGCCAAAGUGAGAAACAUACCGACGAGCUCCAUGUCCGCUGUCGCUUUGGUGGCAUUCUGUUUCACGGGCUCCAUGUUUUCUUAAUCUUUGUUUCUUACUCGCAUCCUUUUGAAUGCUAAAUUAUUAUCUGUUGGUGCAAAGAUGUGAUUUUUUUUUAUUACCUGGGCUUAACUUUUUUAUUCUGAUGCUUGUUUUUUGGGAUACAUUAAGAGACAACACAGAUAUGAAUGAAGACAUAAAUUAAGCUCAGACUGACUAAUUACCUUUAAAAACAAAGUAAACUGUGUCAACAUGGCUUCCAGGAGGUGGUGAUCUGUUGUAUAAAUUCAAGACUUAAAGUAGGGAAAUCCAUGUUUGGUGGAUUAUUUCUCUCCUUUUAUAAUACCAGCUGGUGUUGUGUUAUAUAUGGCUGGAAAGCCCGAUUAGUCAUAUUUACAAUGAGCUAUAACUUGUAGGGAUUGUGCUUCAGUGGAAUAAGCAACACAUCACAGCAAAUUCGAAAGUGUUAAAUUUCUGGUGUUAUGCUUUCUUGGAGUGAGGUGUUGAGGUUUCAGUGUUGAUUUAAACACAAUAAACUGUUGCAGUGAACAAACUUGGCUGUGUGGACGUAAUAAGAUUUAAUACUUGUGUUGUUCAGAACAUCCGGGCAUUUGGAAGUGGUAUUAGGUGAGUGCAGCAGAAUUUGAAAUCCAGUGCAGCGAUUAGCUGAACGGGUUGAGUGGCCGCUCUAUGAACAGAGGCUACAGCUCCUCUGAUCAACUGGCCCAGGUUCAUACCCUGCUCUCUUUGACCUUUCUUGUCCAGCUACUGUUAAAUAAAAGCCACUAGAGCCCUAAAAAAUGCUUCCUACGUGUUGCUUUAACACUGAUGCAGUAUUAAUCACUGUUAUUGUUAUCCAUCUACAGGAUUUUAUUAACACUGACAAAGUGUUAAUAAUAUGAUAACUUUGAAAAGCUAAUUUAACACUUUUCAGUGGUUCCCAUAUAAAAUUGAACUCUGAGGGUGUUAAAUUUGAGAUUUUGAAUUUGCUGUGCAGCUAAACGUGUAGGUAAUGCCCCUAAAAUCCCCUGCAAUAUUCUCCUGUUGGUAUUCCCUCUUGUUUUGAGAGUCACAUGCUGCCAGGUGGCUGUCGGUCACAGAUUUAGUACUGACACCUGACUGAUAGAUGGAAUGAGACACUGGAACCAGUGGUUAUCCCAUAUCUCCAGAAUCUGGGACUCUCAACAAAGCUCUCCCCCACAGAGCCAGGAUCAUCACAGAACCCUACUGAACACAGAUCAGCUGGACAUGCUGGACUGACCGACACAACUAUGCUAGCUGACCUGUAACAACUCCUGGUUAAGGAAUAGGAUGCCACCCUACAGCUGAAUGUGGGGAGAUGCCAAGCUAUUGUGGUGGCAAAUGAACUGUCUACACCUUGUUGAGGUCCCUGAGCACAUCAUCCUAUCAUCCAAUCCGACAAGAAACUCAAAACCAGAGUGAAUGCCAACAGGAAAAUAUUACAGGCACAUUUUUGGGGGCACCGUCCUCACAUUUAAACUUGUUACAAAUACAGAAACCUUUGUCGUCGAUCUUGAUGUGGCGGUUUGUUUUGACCGGGUUAUUUCAUACUUAAGAGAAUUUUAGUCUGUGGUGGGGUGUGGUUUUGUCUGGGUGGUGUAUGUUUUUUUAGGCCAUUUAUGUUGUAUAAAUUUUUGUAUUUCCUUGUUGCCUCGACCAGAUGUUCUUUAAUAUAAUCAAGCUUGCUGAACCUUUCAGAUCAGUAGAAAUGGCAACUUUCGACUUCAAGCUUCUCUAUGUUAACCACGCCCACUUCAAAUUACUGACCAAUCACGCAGUUUUUCUCAGACAGGACUAAAGAAAAAUGUUCUGCUUGAGUGAUGAGUCGAGAACGAGUUGCAAGAACUCCCAAACCAGGGUGGCAAGAACAGAAUAAUCCAUUUUGUGAACAGGAACAAAGUUUUCUGUUUGAAACAACCUUUAUUUGCAUUGUACACGAAUGAGCCAAUUUUUUGUAGUGAAUGAUAAGAGCCAGCACCCACCAGGCACAAAUCUUUAGAAGGGUCGGGACUGUAUUUUUAUUGGCACACCAUGUCAGGAAAGACUAGAAUCAUACCAUUAUGUGAAAGGAAAAAGGGGGUGGGACUCUUAAAAGACAGAGAAUGUAGGGGAACAAAGAAAAAUGGAAAGCUGGAUUUAAAUUACAAGUACGUCAAGAAAAAAUGGAGAAAUUACAGAAUUUAAAGUAUCAUAAAGUUUGAUUUGUUUGUCCUUGCUCUGUGUACAGUUGUUCAUUUAAAAGUUUAUUUAAAACAUUAAAUAGUAACUAAAUAAAAAAAAAGCAUAAAAAUGAGGCUUUUAUGAUAAAGAAAUUGCUUACCACCAUACAAACAUUUCAAAAUAGCUCAAUUAGGCUAAAAUAGAAGCUCUUCAAGGGGAGCUAAACCAAAAGAGUCGACCAUCCCAUGACUACUGUGUUCUUUCUACAGAAACACAAUCCUUACAAGUUAUACCUCGUUGUAAAGGUGGCUGAUCAGGAUUGCUGACGAUGUAAAAUACAAUACAAAUUGGUAUAAUUAAAGGGGAGAAAUAUUCAUCCAAACACAAAUGUCUUUAAGUUUUGUGGUAAGUUUACAAACAAGUGUCAGAUCAGCAGGAAUUUAAAGGGUCGCUGACUUCCGUUGGAUUUCUCCUCAUCAGUGUUUUCCUGUUAAAACAGCUGCCUGUAUAUAACUAUAUUUGUAUCAGACAAACCCGCUGAGCAUCAAAAACCACCUGAGCUGACUGUGGCCUCUCUAUGACCCGUUUCUUUAUUGUUGUGGAGCAAACAAAAUGGCCAAAUUAGGGUUUUAAAGAGUUUUAGGGUCAUUACAUUUCUGAAAAUUACAGUAUAUAACGCUGAAAGAAGAAAACGUGUCUGUUAGGGCAGAAUUUCUUUUCCUGUGCAAUUAAAGGUGUAUUAGAUUGUAAGAAAAGAAAAAACAUGUGAGAAAACUAGAACAAAAAUAAGCAUUUCUCUUUCAGUAUUUUUACGAUAAUCAUAUGCUAAUAAAUUAUUA